CUUGCCAACGUUAGAAACUGCUGAGACGAUCCACAGACAGAUCCACAGACAGAUCCACAGGGUGAUGUGACAGCGACGACCACCUGUUCUCACUAAUAACGAUGAAGAUGAGGGUCCUGGGGCCAGAGAGGUUCUGUGUUCUGCUGGGUGUGUCCCUCCAACUGCUGCUGUUGCUACCAGACACCUCCUCUACCGCUGCAACCUGGAGCCAGAGUGGACCCCGCCUGCAGCUCUCACACACAGAGUUGCAUUGGAGGAACAGUUCCAGUGUGUUCUGGGACAGAGGUGUGAGUGGGGGUUACCAGGCCCUGCUGCUGGAUGAGGACCGUGGCUGGCUGCUGGUGGGAGGAAGAGACCACGUCUACCUGCUGCACUCUAACAGUCUGGAUCUUCCUACACGCACGAUCUACUGGCCAGCUGCGACAGAACACGUUGAGCACUGCAGUCUGGCAGGAAAGAACCUUUCGACUGACUGUGCCAACUACGUGCGUCUCCUCCAGCCCUUCAAUAAGACUCAUGUGUACGUCUGUGGCACCGGGGCCUACCACCCACAAUGCACCUACAUAGACCUGGGACGCAGUAUUGAGGAGCCAGCGUUCCGCCUGCUGAGCCAUGCUGUGGAGUCUGGCCGGGGGAAAUGUCCCUUUAGUCCACGGGAGCCCUUCACCGCCAGGCUCACCGAUGGAGAUUUGUAUGCUGGGACAUCCGUGGAUUUUAUGGGCACCAACACAGCUAUAUUCCGUACCUCUGUGUACAGCAGCAAACAACACUAUAUACGCACUGAGGCCUACCAGGACCACUGGCUCAAUGGUGAGACAGCUAUAUUCCGUACCUCUGUGUACAGCAGCAAACAACACUAUAUACGCACUGAGGCCUACCAGGACCACUGGCUCAAUGGUGAGACAGCUAUAUUCCGUACCUCUGUGUACAGCAGCAAACAACACUAUAUACGCACUGAGGCCUACCAGGACCACUGGCUCAAUGAGCCAGAGUUUGUGGGUUCCUUCUCUAUCCCAGACACACACAGUGUGGACGAUGACAAAGUCUAUAUCUUCUUCAAGGAGACAGCUGUAGAGUCCAGCCAGUGGGACAAGAGGGUUUACAACAGAGUGGCACGCGUCUGCAAGAAUGACGUAGGAGGAAAGAGGAGUCUGAUCAACCGUUGGAGUACCUUCCUCAAGGCCCGUCUGGUGUGUUCUGUACCAGGACCAGCUGGACUGGACACACAAUUUGACGAGCUAGAGGACGUCUUCAUGCUGGAGACCAAAGACUCCCAGAACCCCAUCAUCUAUGGAGUGUUCUCCACCUCCAGUUCUGUCUUCAGAGGCUCAGCAGUGUGUGUCUACUCCAUGGCCUCUAUCAGGGCAGCCUUCAACGGUCCGUUCGCCCACAAGGAAGGGCCCGACUACCGCUGGGUGGAGUACAAGGGGAGGAUCCCAUAUCCACGACCUGGCACUUGUCCCAGUGUGACCUACGACCCCCUCCACAAGUCUACCCGUGACUUCCCUGAUGACGUAGUGAGUUUCAUGAGGGGUCAUCAUCUGAUGUGGGAACCCAUCCUACCGGUCAGCCGCCGCCCGGUCUUUACCCUGGUCAACGUAUCCUACACCCUGAGAAAGUUAGUGGUGGAUAGGGUGGACGCUGGGAUGGACAGUAUGAUGUACUACACCUGGGCACAGAUGAUGGCCAGGUGCUGAAAGUGGUGUCUAUUCCUAAAGAGAACAGGGAACCUGAGGAGAUCAUUCUGGAGCAGCUGACUGUG